AUGUAUAUUACAGGAUUUGGUGCAUUGCUCCUUGCAACAGGUACAUUUGUAUCUGCUGCCACUACCACAUCAUCUUCCACCAAGAAGGCCACCUCCACCACAGCUAGCGUUUUGGCUGUUGAAUCACCUACUUGGUUGCCUAAUUUCCCCACUCCUCAAGGAGUCAAUUCAGGUUAUCCCACUGGCCAAUUGAACACUAGCAGCACCUUAUCUCAAGAAACAUUGAAUCUGUCAGAGUACCCUGAGCCCUGGACUUCACCUAGCACUACUCAUCCCGAGAUCAAGGCUGUCAUUGCUGCUAUUGACUGGAGCAAGGUUCCCAAGGCGCCUGUUCGUAAAACUACUGCUGCUGGUGACAUUGACAUGUCUGGCUAUGAUGAUUCUAAGGAUGAAUACUGUUGGUGGUCCAGCACAAAUUGCGUAAAGCCAAAAGCAAGCUUUUUACCCGAAGAUAUCUCUUACUGUCCCAAUGUUGGUGAUUGGGGUCUCAAUUACGAUGAUGGACCUUACAACCUUGCUGGUGAAAAGAAUCUUGACAAGUGGGCUGAACCUGAGCUCUACAACUUUUUGGCCAAGACCAACGAUCAAAAGGCCACUCUCUUUUACAUUGGCUCCAAUGUUGCAACUUACCCUGAAGCUGCCAAGAGAGCUCUCAACAAUGGCCAUGUUCUUUGCGUUCACACUUGGUCUCACCCUCAAAUGACCACUCAAUCCAAUGAAAAGGUUGUUGCUGAGCUUUACUGGACUCUUCGUGCUAUCAAGCAAGCUACCGGUAUAACUACCAAGUGCUGGAGACCACCUUUUGGUGAUGUCGAUGAUCGUGUUCGUGGUAUUGCCCAUCAAAUGGGUCUCCAAACUAUUUUGUGGGAUGAGGAUACCAACGAUUGGGACAUGCCUGGAGAGGGAGGAGGAAAUCUCUCGCCUUCAACUGUCGACGGCUACUUCUCGAAAUGGGUAGAAAACUACAAGAGCGGUAAAGACAAAGAGCACGGCCAUAUUAUUCUUGAACAUGAAUUGAACAACUCUACGGUCAACAUGACCGAGCAUUGGUUACCUAAGCUUCAAGAGACUUUCAAUGUCGUUACCAUCCAGCAAUGUAUGAACAUCUCCAGCCCCUACUGGGAGCAAAACUGGCAGUAUCCCACAGAGGCUAAUCCUGCCAUCAGCAACACCACCGCUGCCAACACUACUACCACAUCCUCUGCCAUUCCUUUGUCUUCUAGUGUCGUUGUUGCUGCUACUACUUCUGCCGCUCCUACAUCUGCUGCCUCAUCAUCUGGUUCUGCUGAGACUACCAAUGUCAACCUUGCUGCCAACUCUGAACCUACACAAUCUGGUGCCACUUCCUUGAAGGCAUCUUCCUUCUUGGUUGCCAUUGUAACUGCUGCUUACUUUUUCUAG